UGGUCGCCGCGCGCGGGGGCCGAGCCUUGCCACUGGAUCCGCCCGCCGGCCCCGGAGCUGCUCCGCCGGCCUGAGCGCGGGACGCGGCGUCCAGGGGAGGAGGGCGAAGGGAAGCGGCGAUGGCUCCGCGGAGAGUCUCUGGAUCCGCGAUCCUCGCCGCUGCUGUCUUCGUGGGAGGCGCCGUGAGUUCGCCGCUGGUGGCCCCGGACAAUGGAGGCAGCCGCACUUUGCACUCCAGGACUGAGACGACUCCGUCGCCUGCUAACAAUUCUGGGAAUGGACACCCAGAGUACAUCGCAUAUGCGCUUGUGCCUGUGUUCUUUAUCAUGGGGCUCUUUGGGGUCCUCAUCUGCCACCUGCUUAAGAAGAAAGGCUAUCGUUGUACCACAGAAGCCGAGCAAGACAUCGAAGAGGAAAAGGUUGAAAAGAUAGAAUUGAAUGACAGUAUAAAUGAAAAUAGUGACACUGUUGGGCAAAUUGUCCAUUACAUCAUGAAAAAUGAAGCAAAUGCUGAUGUCUUAAAGGCAAUGGUAGCAGAUAACACCGUGUGUGAUCCUGAAAGCCCUGUGACCCCCAGCACUCCUGGGAGCCCACCCGUGAGUCCUGGGCCUUUAUCACCAGGGGGCACCCCAGGGAAGCACGUCUGUGGCCACCAUCUACACACCGUGGGUGGUGUCAUCGAGAAGGACGUGUGUCAUCGGUGUAGACACAAGCGGUGGCACUUCAUAAAACCCACCAACAAGUCCAAAGAGGGCCGAUCCAGGCGCCAAGGAGAGGUCACCGUCCUGUCUGUUGGCAGGUUUAGGGUUACAAAAGUGGAACACAAGUCAACCCAGAAGGAGCGGAGAAGUUUGAUGUCUGUUGGUGGAACAGAAAGCGUCAACGGGGAGGUGCCUAUGACGCCUGUGAAGAGAGAACGCAGCGGCACCGAGUAGCAGGAGAGACUUUAUUUGAAGAGUUCUAAAAGACUGAAAACCUUCAAGACAUGAAAUUGCCUAGGGAAUAUUUUUACAUGUUUUAUAUGGUUUUUAUCAUGGAAUCAGCAGGCAUGUGGAUAAAACCUCAAAGGGAAAUAAUAUUAUUAUGCUAGGUAUAGAAUUCUGUUUGCUUUGAAACAAGUUUUGGUUUAAAAUGUCUGAUGAAAAAUUUAUUCCAUUUCCAGGGAAGGAAAGAGCUGAUUUUUUUGUAUCUUCCCAACCUCCCUCAGCUACCACUCCUCCAACCCCUGCCCUGGCCUUGGUGUACAGUUUUUCCAUUACGAAUGUCAUGUACAGUCUGAGCUUAUGCUCAUGGUGUGUGUGGUGGGGUUGUGUGUGUUUCUGUAUUCCAGUUCUUACGUCCCAUUUGAUAGUGGUUGUAAUAAGAGCAUCAUAAAUACAGUUUAGCUGUUACAAAAGAUAACAGAUGUAUCUUCAGUGGCCAAAGCUUUGUGGAAAUAAUCUCCUCCAGCCCUGAGAAAUUGAUUCCCUAUGAGAUCUUGGAGUCUGCUGGGACCAGAAGCUAGACUUUGAAUUACAGACCAAGAAUUCAACAUUAACUCUGGCUGCCACUGUGCUAUUCCUUGGUCACAUACAAAAUAUUGAGAAUUUAUUUUUUUCAACUUGAGCUAAGCAAUUCUUAUUUAGUCCACUGAUUGAAAAUGGCUUCAAGUCACUAAAAAAAAAAAUUAUUGUUUUGAUAACCCAAGGCCAAAAUAAAAGAACCCUGCUUCUGCGGGUAAUAAGGGCCCACACCUACCUCUGGCAUGUUUUCCUUGGUAUACUUCCUGUUCCCCGACUUAUAAUGCUCGUAGUGACUACUUUCCCUUUAGGCCUGGCAAACUCAUCUUUUUUUUAACUUUACAUUUUACAAAACACCUGAAAAAACCCAGAGGCAAAGAUAGCAGUACAUUACUGAUGGUAGGUCUGGGGUAACAGCUGGCAAAGUCCUGUUACAGGGAAAUCACCGAGGCCCGCCUCUAUCAAAAUAUACUUCAAAGUAUUUACUAUAAAUAUGCUUAUUUGAUUCUGUUUCUGGCACCAAACUACAAAUUUAUAACCUUGUAAAUGACUAAUAAAUUCAAUGUCAUGCAGAUUUUUGCUGACGACUAAUAAGGGUGCAUGUGUAUACAUUCACGUACACCAUGGAGUAGGAGACGUCAGUGUGGAAACCAAUUUCACUGAGGUCCAGAAAAUAGCCAUACAGGAAUUUUAGGGGUGUAUAUUAGUAUAAAUAAUAUAUGUGCAGUCUAGGCCAUUAAUUUUAAUUAAAAACAAACAAGCAUACUUUUUUGCUUUUGAAAUAUUAUGCCCUCAAAAUGGUGAGGGGAUAAAAUGUAAGAUAUUCUUCAGCUUUAAAUAUUUUUUAAUUUUAUUCAAAUCCAAGCACUUUUUUUAUAGCAAUACAACAGACAAGAGAAUACUCAAAAAUAUUUAAAAUUGUAUUUAUACCAAGAGUACGUUUUAAAUAUUUUUUUUAAUACUUGAGGAGUUUUUGUCUGGCUGGCUUCCAAAAAUGCCAAAAGUUAAGCAUUCACUAUUUUCAAUGCAUAAGCUUUUUACUGGUUUAUAUUUUCCUAUCUGAUGAGAAUCCGUAAGUGUUCCCAGAGCAGCCGAUGUUUACAUAUCUCGUGUUUUUCCUCCUCCUUUAUAAGGAUUGGAAUCCACAAUAAAACUUCUGUAAAACACUAAUGAUGGAUGGUUUUCUGUGUCAUAAAUGAGUUGGCUACACCUUGAUGUAAAAAUUUGUAAAGGAAAUUUUUCACCAUUUUGACUGUCAAAUGUAUUUUUAACUGUCUGGUUUGUACUUUUAUGACUUUUGUACUACCAAAGCAGAGUUAAAAAUAAAAACGUUAAAC